AUGUAUCAAAAUUCUGGUAAGGGAUCCGAAAAGGUAAACGAACCAACCAAUGAUGGAAAAGAAGACGAAAGCGGAGAAGCAAAAGAUAAAGAACCAUCUUAUGUGCCUCUGCCGCCAUACAAACCACCUAUUCUAUCCAACAAGAAAAAGCUUGAGGAUGACGAAACUGUUAUGCUUACUUCCGAGUAUAGCGCUAUUAUUCAAAAUAACAUGCCUCCUAAACUGAAAGACCCUGGUAUGCUAAAGAACGUUCUCGUUCGUAUAGAACAAUUCUAUAUUCCUACCAAAUUUGUAAUAAUGGAUAUAAAGGAGGAUUCCAAUAUCCCUAUUAUUUUAGGAAGACCCUUUUUAGCCACAGUCGGAGCCAUCAUAGACGUGAAGAAAGGAAGGCUAACAUUCGAAGUCGGAGAAGAAAAAGUUGAAUUUCUCUUAGCUAAAUUCCUACAAGCACCAACUAUAGACGAAUCAUGUUGUUCUUAG